AUGCUGAGUUCCGAACGCGGCGUGCGACCGAAUGCAACUCAAGUCAAGGAUCAGCUCACUGCCAUCGGCCUGCAGCUAUUCCAGCCAAACAGCGUAGAAUGCCGUGCGUGCCAGCAAAGUUUCUCAGAGAGGCGUGCACUCCGAAAACAUCUCAAAAAGACAGGACACAAUCGUAAGCAGCCAUUAAACCCGGAGCCAGUCAACUCGGAGCCAGCAGCUAGUGAACCUAAGAGCGAGCCCGGACUCACUAUACGGGGCUUCGCAGACGCGCCAGCAAAGUACUACUACGACGACAAGGAGCUGGACACCCCAGAUCCGUCCCCAUGCAUCGUAUGCAACAGGCGCUUCAAUACGAAGCGGCAGUUCUUUGCUCAUUUAGGCGGCGGCCAUCACUACCGCGGUCUGAAGUAUGUCCUUAAGCGCAAAGCUUCAAAGGAGGUGAACAUGGACAAAGCCGAAGAACGUCUCACCAAAUGGAUUCGCAAAGACAUGAUUAGACAUGAUUGA